UCAACUUGACUGCAAACUAUUGCGGCUCAACAAGUGGCUUGUGGAUAGAGUUCAGCAGAAUUUAGACAAACAGCUGUGAUUGAGGAGCUUUUCGCGCCCUUUUUACUAUAUUUUGUUUGAAAAACUUGUUCUAAAUGUUUUGAUUCAUCGUGGAGUUCUUUUUUGACUGCUGCUGUUUGGCCAGACAAUCCCGACUGUAGCCUAAAGAGACUUCACCUGCGCCGGAUUUGUUUGAGCUGAUUAGGUUCGCUUGGACACUUUUAAUUGGCUGCCUUACACAUUGAGCGCUUGAAACUCAAAGUGUGUAGUGGCAUGAUGUACAGCAUGAUGGUGGAACAUGAACUGAAGACCGCGGGUCAGCCUCAUCCCCACCACAACAGUCCAGGGAUGUCUCCUCCGGUCAGCGGGGUUGGCCACGGAUCAAACACCUCUUGUCCACCCGGCGGGGACCCCAUGGACAAAGUGAAGCGCCCCAUGAAUGCGUUUAUGGUGUGGUCCCGGGGUCAGCGGAGGAAGAUGGCACAGGAGAACCCCAAAAUGCACAACUCGGAGAUAAGCAAACGCCUCGGGGCGGAAUGGAAACUUUUAACGGACACCGAGAAGCGGCCGUUCAUCGAUGAGGCCAAACGGUUGCGGGCCGUACACAUGAAGGAAUACCCCGACUACAAAUACAAACCUCGGCGUAAGACCAAAGCUCUCCUCAAGAAGGACAAUCCCGUCGGUAAAUAUCCUCUCGCAGCCGGCAACCUGCUGGCAUCAGCCGUGGCACAGGGACAAGGUGGGAGCCCGAGAAUGGACGGCUAUGGCUGGGGUCACACCGCUGGUUAUAUGGCAAUGCAGGGUGAAGCACUCGGAUACCCGCAACAGCUGCACCGGUACGACCUGUCGGCUCUCCAGUACCCGUCGGCACAGACGUACAUGAACGGCGCCAGCUCUUACAGGUUUCUUUUAUCAAACCAAAUGUCAUAUAGUGGCAGCCCUCAGCAGCCCAGCCCAGUGAUGUCUAUGGUUAAACCAGAACCACUAUCCCAUUCGCCUACUGGCCACCACCGUGGGGCUUUCCAAGGGGACCUGAGGGACAUGAUUAGCAUGUACAUUCCAGGUGGUGAUACCAGCGACAGCUCAAACCAGAGAACCUACCCUGGUGUCCAACAGCACUAUCUUGGUGGAACUGUUCCCCUCACUCAUAUCUGAAGUUUAGGGAAUGCUCCCUGAACUCCUAUUAGUUGGACCCUUAUUGGGACCAUAGUGCUACAAAUAGACUGUAUGGAUUACUGAAUACUUCUGAUUGUUUACUACCUCCUUGCUGUGAAUGAUCUGAAGUUGUCUGUUGAACCUGUAUAGCAAAUUUAGCUGUUUCAGUUUCUUGUUUUCUGUCUUUGCAACUGUUCACACUAUGACCAGGCGUAACUUCUUAAACUUCUCAUCACAUUAAGCUUAAGUCAGCUUGCACAGCCAUCCCUUCUCUUUGUUCCACGAAUAGAUAGAUUUUCCUCAAGUAUUCUUUUCCGUGUUCUGCUCCGUGCAAUGUUUAGAACAUGCGUUGUUCAUGCAGCAGUGGGCAAUCAUUAUUCAAAGUCUAAUUGGGGUACAAAACAGGGCGAAACCGCAUAUUGGGAACUCCAA